UAAAGCGUCCCAAACUAAACUUCUCACGUUCUUUACCUCACUCGGUGGUGCAAACGCGUUUUUCAUGGCUUUAUAUAUGUUCUUGUAUGGUAAAAAAUCUCCCGGUUUAUUACCAUAUUUAAUAUAUCCGUUUUUGUGUUGUUCAGGUCCUGCAAAUUUUGUACGUAAGAGACUUUUAAAUGUGGGUUCAAAGAAUUCAGAAGAUUUAGAAAAACGUUUAGUAGGAUAA